UCCCAGCUUAGAGUGUGCUGGUUAAGCCCAGCCGUCAUUGCCUUUUUAAGACCAAAGUGGGAAAUGAUUUACAAAUUUACAACAAAUUUUCAUAGACUGCGAAGACUUGAACGCGUGCUAGACCAAGAUGAAGCCUGAAGUUUUCACUGCUGCCAAAAAUGGCGACCUUGAUGCUAUUAAAAAAUUGCACGAGCAAAACCCUCGACAACUUAACGAAAUUGCUUUUGAAGGCAAUACUGUCCUGCACAUCGCUGCGAGGGAAGGCCAUUCGGGGCUAGUUGAAUGGAUUCUUCAAAAUGUGAAAGGAUGUCGUAUGCUUGUAGCUCGCAAUACUGAUCGGAAUACGCCCCUGCACGAAGCUGCUAAGCGGGGAAAUACUGAGAUAAUUAGCACUCUUCUCCGCCACAACAAGUGUGCAGCCGCUAAACGCAACCAGCUUGGAGAGUCAGCUCUGAUAAUAGCUUCGGAGCACGGUCACGAGAAAGCAGCGAGGGAUUUGGUGGAAGCCACACCGGUAUAUAUCAUCUUCUGGCCAAGGAAUGACCACCAAACUUGCCUUCACGUUGCGGCCUACGGAGGGCAUUUAGGGAUAGUAAAUGCGAUACUUCAAAGGAAUAGUUUCUAUGGUAUUCUGCAACUCAUUAUGAUUAUUCGUGAUCGCCAUGGUGCCACUCCAUUGCAUUCUGCUGUUCACAAGGGAAAUGUAGAGAUUGUGAGUGAAAUUUUAAAGAAACAAUUAAAUUCAAGGUUUUGCAUAAAAUGGUUUGUCAAGAGUUUAAUGGAAAAGAAGGAUAAGCUGGGAAGAUGUGCAAUACAUUUAGCAGCAAUCAAGGGCAACCGGGAUAUGAUGGAUGAAUUCAGGUCAAAAAUGCCAGAUUGUCUUGAAAUUCAUAGUGCACACCAUAAGACAGCUUUGCAUUUUGCGGUAGAAUACAACCAAUUUGAUAUGGUGAAGAAGCUACUACCUCAAAACAAGAGGGAAGAAAUGGCAGAUCUAGUGAAAUACGACCGAGACAUGUAUGGAAACACAUUGUUACACUUGGCAGCCCUCAACCAAGUGGAUCCAGAGCUUGUAGAAUACCUGUUGCCGUUUGUAAAUUUGGACGCCAUCAAUAAUGAAGGACGUAGUGCAUUUGAUAUACAUAUAGCAGCUGCUGCUGCAACAUCUAAAAAUGAACCCAAGUUUACCAAGAUCACAGAUAUUUUAAAAGGCCACGGAGCAUCUGAAAGAUCUUUGAAAUCAGUGGAUUUCAAACAAGAGAGCUAUGCAAAUGAAAAAAUCAUGGACGUGGACACCCUGGUGGCAUCACUCAUUGCCACCAUCACAUUUGCAGCCAUUUUUACUGUACCGGGAGGAAUUGACGACAAAGAUUGUGGAAAUUACAAUGAACAUAGUGGAGCUGCCCCUACACCUGGUGGAGAUGGAUGUGGAGUUGCUCGAAUGGCAUUGAAAACCCUUUUUCAAGUGUUCUUGUUCUCUGAUAGCCUUGCCAUGUUUGCCUCUCUUACAGUUGUUAUUGCCUGGUUAUUCCGAGAACGGUUACAAACAAAGCUUAUUGCAGAUCGUUCGUUAUUGGCCAAGUUAUCAGUGUUGAGCUUGGGGGUUUCCAUAAUCUCUACCGGACUUGCGUUCCUGAGUGCAACCAUCCUGGUCACAGUACCCCGUGAUGAUAAAAAAAAUAACAAUCGAAGUGAAUAUGAUUCGUUGUUAUGGGGUGAGAUAGUGACAGCUUUUUCUGCACCAGCUCUUGCGCUCAUUUUUCUGUCAAUUUUGUGGGCAAUAGAGUAUAAUUUCAAUGCUACACUGGAUAUCCGAGCCCGACUUAGGAUGCAACUCAAAGAAGCCCUCAUCUAUAUAAUUCCACCUCUUGCUGUUGUAUUGGGAAUUACUUUUGGUUAUGGUUAUAACCAAUAUUAUUAGCAAUCUCCAUGUUUACUGCUGUGAAAUUGGCCUCCCCAUUAAAUGGCCAACUGUUGAAGAUGUCAGAUGUUAACAGCACGCUAUGGGUCUUUGGUAGCUUCAGUUUUGUUUAUGUUCUUGUAGCAAGUUCUAUUAUGAUGGAUUAUAAUAUUCUCUCUAUUGGCU